CAUGCGCCGCCACAAGUCCCUUCCUCCAUCAACUGAUAAACACGAGUUUCAACGUCUUCCGUGCAUCGCAUCCUGCGUCACCAUUUAUUCUUUCCACUACGCAGAUCGUGCUCGUAGGCUCUCCCAUCCCUUCUCCCUUCUCGUCGGCGAGGGGUCGCCCUUUCUCCCAUUCCGUCGAUUCGAUCUCAGCUUCCGGAGCUCCGAUAUCCGCCACCAGCGCUCCGAUCACCGAAUAGAUUCGAUGGCUGCUGGGAGAGGCUUUAGCCAGUUUCUGAGGAAGAGAUUUCAAUUCCAAUCACCAGCUCCACCUCUGCUUUCAUCAUUUCGGUUGCAGCAAGAAGAUGCUAUUGAGUCUGCUGGCAUGAAGUCACUAAGGGCAUUAGCGGUGCUUGGAGCUGGUGUUUCUGGCAUUUUAAGCUUUGCUACCAUAGCAUCUGCUGAUGAAGCAGAGCAUGGCCUUUCUUCCCCCAGCUAUCCUUGGCCUCACAAAGGAAUUCUUAGUUCCUAUGAUCAUGCAUCAAUCCGGCGUGGUCACCAAGUUUAUCAACAAGUUUGUGCUUCUUGUCAUUCAAUGUCUCUGAUUUCAUAUCGAGAUCUUGUUGGUGUGGCUUACACUGAAGAAGAGACAAAGGCUAUGGCUGCUGAAAUUGAGGUGGUUGAUGGUCCUAAUGAUGAAGGCGAGAUGUUUACUCGUCCAGGUAAACUAAGUGAUCGCUUUCCCCAGCCAUAUACGAAUGAACAAGCAGCUAUUGCAAAUGGUGGGGCAUAUCCGCCAGACCUAAGCCUGAUCACCAAGGCACGACACAAUGGCCAGAACUACGUGUUUGCCCUUCUUACUGGCUAUCGUGACCCUCCUGCUGGUAUUUCGAUUCGAGAGGGUUUACAUUAUAACCCAUACUUUCCUGGUGGUGCAAUAGCUAUGCCCAAAAUGCUUAUUGAUGGAGCUGUCGAGUAUGAAGAUGGCACACCUGCAACUGAAGCCCAGAUGGGCAAGGAUGUCGUCACAUUUUUAUCAUGGGCAGCAGAGCCUGAGAUGGAAGAGAGGAAACUGAUGGGAUUCAAAUGGAUUUUUCUACUGUCACUUGCUCUACUCCAAGCUGCUUACUACCGGCGUUUGAGGUGGUCUGUUCUCAAGUCACGCAAACUGGUCCUUGAUGUUGUCAACUGAGCUCCUGGGUCUUGUUAAGAUUAUCAUUUUUUGUGGGAGAAAUGACAAUAAUCAGUUUGGGCAAUGUACAAUUGCCAUUGGGAUCGGAUCCCAUCAUAAGCAAUUCUCUUUCCAUUUGUUCUACUCGGGUUCUUCAAGUUGGGAGAACCAAACAUAGAGCACUUGAUAUCUUGUUUCGUUUUAACUUUACAAUUUUGACUUUUGUCAAGGCUAGUCACAGCCUUCAACCGAAGAUUUGAAAUUUUUGAGAAAUUUUGUUGUCCCAUUGUGGGAACAGAAAAA